CGCUGUGUGAGCCACAUUAGUCGGAGCCAUGUCGUGGUUAAAGACCGCCGUUAGUCGAGUGGGUGAGAAGGCGGAGGCCCUCAAGCAGAGCGAGCGUUUUCAGCGGUUCCAGGAGCGAACUAGUACAGUGAUGCUAUCAGCAGCGGAGGGAGUCAAGCGAGCUCGUGAAAAGAUUGGCCGACCAGCUAGUGCAAUUGAAUUCGAGGCGCAGUUGGAGAACCGAGCAAAGACCACUCGUACCUUAGCUGCGGUUGCAGAGAUGCACAAGUCCUGGGCGCAGAGCAUUGCUUCUAAAGACGGACCUCGUGUUACUGGAGAACACGAGCUCGGAUUCAAGGAAAUGUUUCUCCAAAGCCGUGCGCUCGAAUAUUCCUUGGAGGUGAUCAUUGCGGAGCCUUCUUUGCGGGAGCACUAUGUGAACCUGACCUCUGCUGAUGCCUCCCCUGCGGCCUUGCACGACCUGCUCUGCAAGUCGCUGGCGUUCCCGGCAGCUCAGUGGCAAGCCCUGAUCCAGGUCGCGAUGAGUGGAGACCUGCCAAGUGAACAGCUCACGUGGAUUGUCUCCGCAGUGACGGCCAUGAAGAUCGACUGGAAUGAAGAAGUUCUUUGCCAUGAGCGCAAGGAGCUUGCCGUGAAAGCCGAGCUCUUCAAGCAGGAACUGAGGCCUUUGGGCGACAGUGACGAGAACACAAAGAAACGCAUCGAGCUGUCCACGCAGCUGUUGCAGACAUACCAAGAGGUGCAGCAGAACCUGCAGUCUUCUGAAGAGCACCGAGAAGAGGUGAGGCAGCUGCGCCAAGGAGACCUGCAGCACUUGCAUCUGCAGAUCCAGGCCCGCAUCGUUGGGCUGCAAAGCCAAGCUGAGAGCUCCACCAAGUCACAGAAAGACUUAGAGGGUGAGCUCAACCAGUCGCAAGACAGCCUGCGAUUGCAGCUGGAACACAUGGAUGAGGUACGUGCACAGAUUGACAAAGAGAUUGAAGAAUUAGAUGAGAGGAAGCGGCAGCUGAGGAUGGAACUGGAUGCAGUCUCCCGGCAGCUCGACGAGGCGCGAGCGAAGCAGAAGCAGCACAUGGAGAAGUCUGACAAGCAGCGCUCCGAGCUGUACAGCAUCAAGUCCUCGCUGAAGGGGAAGAUCAAUGCAGCGACCAGCGAAGCACAGUCAUCAGAAAGGGAGAAGGAUCUGCUGGAUCAAACAAGGAAGAUCAUUGAGGAGGUAACUGCGUCCCUGCAGGCCUCUGGCAAGGAGCAGGACAUGGACUUGAAGCAGAAGCAGGUGGACUUUCAAGAGCACUUCAAAGCUCUGCUUGCUGAUCACCUCCGCUUUUGCGAGGCCAAAGCAAACAAGUUGCAGGCGCAGGCGGAAGCUGCAGCACCAGAGGCAAAAGAGUCUUUGUUGGCUGCAGCCCGCGACGCAGAAGCAGCGUUGGAAGAGUUUCAGAAGACCUAUGGCAGCUUCUUGAACAGCGAGCUCAAGGCCCAGAUCGCGAGCCUCCGCGAAGCUUAUGGACGGACGAAGAGCAUCCUUGGUGGAGAGGUACAGACCUCGAGGGCGAAGUCUGCAGAGUCCGCGGCCGAGUCGUCCCUUUUGGAGCCGCCAGUGCCAGAGGCAGCGGGAUAUCCUGCAGCGUCUUCGGCGCCCGCUCCCAUCAUUUGAGAGCCUGGCAAGUGUACAAAGCAAAGCGAGCUGCUUCACCUGCGGCAAGGUUCCGAUCCCUGC